AUGCCAGUCUUUCACAGCAUUUACCCCAAUGAUAUUUGGCUUGGAGAUCAUUUGUACAUCUGGUCGACUCCUCUUCAUCAACACCAUGGCAUCGUAUUGUUCGUCGAUCAUAACGAUCACGAUGAGUCAAGAGUUUUGGAAUUUAAUACCUAUGACAGUAGCCACAAACCGUCCCGUGCUCAAAUACAGGUUGUAUCCCUCAAACGUUUUCGACGGAACUUUACCUUGAAACGCGUCGUGUACGGUUCGAGAUAUGCUCGUUUCAAAUUAGCGGGUACUGCCUAUUCAUUUCAAUCACUAGAACCUGAAUUUGUUGUGGAUAAUGCUCAGCAUAUUCUCGAACAAAUCGAGUUUGGAGAAUGUCUUAUUGUUCCUGCUGAUUUAACAUCGUUAUCAUUAUCAUCAUCAGCCUAUGAUUUGGUUUUACGCAAUUGUGAAUGUUUGGCCUUUUGGUGCAAAACAGGCAUGUGGUAUAGUGAACAAAUUGAAAAGGUCGCCCAUUGGAUUGGUGCACCACUGAUCAGUUUUCUAAAAGCCAUAGCUGAUUACUUGAUUACGAAAAACAUUUUACCUGCUCUCACUCAAGAAGCAUUAAGUGAAUUGGUCGAACCAUCAUUGUGUAUUUUUAAAGACAAAUUUUGUUCGAUACUCUUCGCCGAAGGUAUUGGCAAUGCGAUAGCUGUGGUUAUUAUCGAAUUAGUUAAACUUAUAUUUCGUUGUAAACAAUACAAAAAUGGACAAAUGACAAAGGAAGAAUUUUGGAAUAAAACAUUAACGAGUCUUGUCAAAGGUUUGUCUAUUGGCAUUUUCGCAUUUGCUGUUCAAGCAUUUUUGACUUAUUUUACAUGCGGUUGUGCCUCUUUAUGUCCAUGGAUUGGUGGCUUUGUCGGUAGUGUUAUUGGAUCUUUUGUUGGAAACAUUCUCGGUCGUUUGAUAGUCAACGGAACCGUCCAACUACGAGACAAGUUGUUGGCAUUGACCGACUAA